AAGAAGCGCGAGAGCAAGAGAGUCGGCAAAAAGAACAUAAAAACACAUACGCGGGAACAUGGGACACAAAUAAUUGUCUUUAGAGAAGUGCGAUAAAUUAACUUUGAUUUAAAAAUAAAAAUUAUGUAAAUGAUGACAAAAGAGUUUUAACGAAAAAACGACAAAACAAAUUAUAAGAAAUACUAAACUGGGUUACAGUAAAAACAAGAACAACAACAACGACGACGGCGACAGCGACAGCGAUAACAUCAACUCAUCUCACAAUUAAUGCUUCUUUAUUGGCUGCAUAAAAAACACAGCAUACAACAACAACAACAACAACAGCAGCAUUAGUUACAAAUGCAUGACUAACCGACAACAGGAGCACAACGCCAACGACUACGAUGAAACAUGAAUUUAAUUGAAGCAUAAAACAGUCGCAGUACAAGAUACAUACCCCACAACAGACACAAUCAGAGGCGAUAGACAACGAUCUUCACAGAGAAGAAGAACGAAAAACAAGAUUUAAGUGUGAAAACAUCAACAGCUUGACUCCUAAAUCGAUUUAUAUUUCGGAUAAUAAACGAAGCACUUACGCGUUCGCUUUCAACGGCCGGAAACUAUCGCAAGCUACUUCUUCGAGCAUUGCCAUUGGAGGAGUUGGUGGGCUCGAUUGACGCGCCUCUCCCUCUCUCUCUCUCUUUUCCUUAAUACUUUACCCAAGGCUCGCAACAAUUCCGUUCACCAUGGAAACAUUCUACGAUGGCGAUCUCAAGGAUAUAUGGGAUUCGGAUUUGGAUCCUACCGACUCGCUCAAACUAUCGACCGAUAGUGAUAUGCACGAUUGGUUUCUGGAGCGGGAUGUAAAGGACGCGGCUGUCAUACUCAACGACAAGUUAAUAUCGGACGCCCUGCUAAAUGGCACACUACCCAUCAAGUCCGAACAUUCAUACAGUCUCAACAGUGAUGGCGACUCCCUGCCAGAUUCCCCACACAGUCUGCACACAAAAAUGGAUGAUAUGGAAGAUGAAUGCUAUCCUGCCAUAUCAUUGAAAACCGCUACCAGCAACGUACGAGGUCUUGGCAAUGCAACCAUAGACCCCAAAUGUUUGACAAUUACAUCCUGCUCGUCAAUUUCGCACAACAGUCAUGUGGGGACAGGAGGUCCAACACUGAACCCCAUGGUAUCGGCAGGUUCAAGUUUGUGCAGUCAAUCUAAUCCCACCUUAUCCUCGAACAACAGCAUGAGUACAAUGUAUGGUGGUAUCUGUAAAAUGGCCAGCACACCCAUAACACUCAACCUUCGGAGUCUGGAGGCGUGCCAGAGUUUCAGCAGUGUUGGCACAUGCGCAGAUACUAAACAAUUGACGAGCAAACAACCCGCCUCACAGUUAGAGCAACAUCAACCAUAUCUACCUCAGGACGAGCUUGCUGCUGCCAUGAUGGACAACGACUGUGCGUCCAGCACAUCAUCGAGAGAUGGCAGCCAAUCACCCGAUAUUUGCUCAGACAUUGAAAUUGACGAGUCCUGCAUUAAGAACGAGCCCAUGUCACCCGAUUCCAGUUGCCCCGGCAGUCCAGAAAUGGCCGAUGUGGCCAAUAGUAACAAUGGUAAUGGCACCCUGAGUUUAACAAUGGCCAAUAUGGCAGCCUUCACAAACUCAGAUCUCGUGUUUGAACACAAGGAUGGUUGCCUACAACUUACACCGUCUUCGCAAAACCUGCUCAAGUCUCAACAAAUAAUCCUCAGCUCCGCACAAAAUGUCAUCAUCCCUAAAUUUACCAUCAAAUCGGAAGGAGCAUCUGCCACUGGCGGUACAUUUGUCACAACUAGCCCCGCAAUAACAAAAACUUACGGCCUGCCAUUAACUCCGCCUUCAUCACUGUCCAGUGAUGGUUCAGAGGGUAAUCUCACGCCGGAGCACAUGCUUUCACCCCAAUCACCCACCUCUUCAGGCACUGUUAGAACCACAACAACAAUUAAUCAACCGACAAGUGGAAUUCUAACGGUCACUUCAAUAAGACGCAACACCAACAGCUCUGCAUCGUCCACAACCUCCAGCUCAAGUUCCAAUGUAAGCAUGGGACGACACGCAACUGGAGGUACAACCCGCCAACCCAUACACACACCUUUGAUUAGCUCACAGCCGAAGGGAUCUACAGGCACACUUUUGUUAACCGAAGAAGAAAAACGUACCUUAUUAGCCGAAGGUUAUCCCAUUCCGCAAAAGCUUCCUCUAACCAAAGCCGAAGAAAAAUCGUUGAAGAAAAUUCGACGAAAAAUUAAAAAUAAGAUUUCCGCCCAGGAGAGUAGACGUAAGAAAAAGGAAUACAUGGAUCAAUUGGAACGCAAAGUGGAGAUCCUAGUUAAUGAGAACAGCGAUUACAAAAAACGUGUCAAAUCUUUGGAAGAUUCCAAUGCCGGUCUACUAAGUCAAUUGCACAAAUUACAGGCUAUUGUAAACAAACACAACCUCAAGAAGUCUUAAAGACGCAUUCGAAGCCUAGCAACUAGGAAUCAACAAAAAAUACAACAAUCCACUAAGCAACUUUGUAAGGAAACAUUCCAGACCACCCGCCCCCACAUCCUCUUCUCUUUUACUUCUUCCAUAUUGGCUCUCACAACAAAGAAACUCUAACAUUCCUGCACACAUUCCACACCAAUGGAUGUGUGCAUGUGCGCACCUAUGUUGGUAGUUCUUUAGAAUUUAAUUUUAUUUUACGUUCUUGUUGCAUCUACUUAAGUUAAUAAUAGAAUUUCGGUUAAGCUCCUAAAAUGAAUGUUAAAUUAUAGUUUAACUGCCUCGCUACAUGCCAAUUACCACGCCUAGAAGUUAAGUUCAGCUACCAAGUCUUCGUCGUUGGCGAUAAAUUCGUCGUUUCACUACAAGAGAUCAUUGAUUCUGGCUUUGUGAAGAGUCGAAAGAAACAGAAUAACGCUAUGUUUUAAUAAUGUUAUUCGUUUUUUUUUUGGGGGGGGGGGUGAAAAUGAAUGCACCACAUGUUGGGAGAGUAUCUCGAUGACCAACUCUGGCCAAAGUUUGCCAUGCGGCAUAUGGCUUUACUAGUUACAUUCCGACGUUUUAGACCCGUUGAAUAACACCCACCACCGCCACCGCCACCAUCACCACACCGAUAAAAGUAUGUCCAUUUGGAAAUUAUUAACGAAUUAAAGUGAACGUUUUCUCCGAGCCACUAAGAAUUGUUUUCUCUAAGCUUACUUUGUACAUAGUUUUAAUGGGUUCAUACUUAACUAUUUUUAAGUUAUUAGAACAGCCAAAUCUGACGAACACUCUUGAGACUGCCAAAUCCGGAAAACACACACACACACACACACACACAGAAAACUGUACAAAACAGGGGGAAGUUGUACAAAAGCCGAAUAAGAAUUAUUCCGAGCCCCAACAACACGUUGGCUUGAGUGACUAACGGGGCUCGAAGAGUUACGCCUAUGAGGCUUAAAAGCUUUAUUGUUUUUGUUAAUAGGAAUUGUUAUGUAAAAAAAAUAAAUUAUUGUAUUGUUUGUAUUGGUUUUUCGAGUUGUCUCAAGAAGUUGCCAAAAUUAAUUCGCCAAGGUCGAGCCGGGAGAAGUACAUAUGUAUGUAUAUUCGUGACACAACAACUCUUCUAUCUAUCCACCCACACCCACACACACACACACACAUGAAACUUGUCUUCUGUCUUUAAUAAAAAAAAAUAUUACCUAGGUUAAUGUUAUGUCUAGCCCUAUGUAAAAAAUGUACUCUAAGUAAGCCGUAGCAUGUUGAUUUAGUUAAACCUAAGAAUUUAUUACAUUUAAUCACACCAAGAAUCGAAGCAAAUUGUUUAAUAGUCAAAUUGUAGUUGCCCGUUUCAUCGAUGAUAUUUUAUUUUUUAUACUAAUUUGUAAUAUCUUGUAACUUUGUUAACGUUGUGUAAGUGUUGUGAGUCGAGCGAGCGAGUUUUUGUUUCGUGUAUCAAACAUCCAAGCAAUGCAAUGCCCGCUUUAAUUUAUUGCAUUCCAUACUAAUUAGAAACACUACCUACCUACCUACCUACCUACCUGCCACUGUGUAGGUAUGUUGUAAGGCUCUCUGUAAGUAGUUUCCGCCUAAUCGAAGUCAUUGUUUUAAGCCAAUUUUUGUUUUCAUUUUAGAAGAAUUUAUAUUAAAUUUUUUUGUAUGUGUAUUGCUUUAGCAAAAUGUUUUGUUUGGUUGGGUCCAAAGCUUAUACUGAGUAGUACCGCCAUCAUAUGGGGCCUUUUUCAAUCUUCCGUCGAUUUUUGUUUUUUUUUUUUUUUUGUAAUCUGUGGUCAGAGACCGUCUUACACACAAAGAAAAACAAUAAGAACGAAAAAAAAAUACCUAGUAACGUACCUAGUUAAUUUGACACUUGAUAUUCGUCGUUUCUUUGUAUAAAAUGAAAUUGAAAAUUGAAUUGUUUAUAAAACCUAAUGUGCAAUUUAUUAUUUUUUAUUUUUUUUUUUUUUUGUUUUUUACUAUUAUUUUUUUCUUAGAUGAAAUUUACUUGCAAGACGUUGUUUUUACGCUAUUUUAUUUAAUGAAACAUCAAAAAUACAAUAAAAACGCAUUCCGCGCGUAAUAAUUAUUAUUUUUUCUUGUUUUCUGCAAAACGAGGCGCAAUAUUUUUUAUAAAAAUUUUACAUAUUAUUUUUGAGGAACAUCGUAUACAUGUGUAUACUACACACAUGUGCAUGUGCGUACACACUUUUAUACUACAUAUACUAUAAAUAAUUACAUUCGUACACAAUACUUGUAUGUAUUCACACAUAUAGAAAAUAUUUAUUUUUUUUUAUUAUCUUUGCUCACCACAUUACAUAUUUAAGAAAACUGUUCUCUUAUCUUGUAAUGGAAAAUAAAGCAGAAACAAAACCGAGCAACAUAAAUUAUUGCAAGAUGAAAAUGUACAUAGAAAACAUAGUGUAUUUUCGAUGAUAGCAUAUACAGCCCGUACGAGAAGUACAUAUACACAAAACAUAAAUCAUGUAAAUGAAUAAAAAAAUACGAUAAAUACAUACCCAAAUAUAUACAUACAUAAUAAAAUAUUAUAAAAUAAAGUGCAA